UACAGUUCUAAAUCCCGGAAGUCUGUGUUUGUGCACCGUAAACAAGAUGGAGAUGUACAACUCAAGCCUCGAAACGUGGUUAUUUGACUUGUAAUACAACCAUUCCACACUAAACUCGUAGCAUUCUAAUUAGUUUUCUCUUCUACUCUUACUUUUAUAUUUCGUUAUUUUUAAAGUCAUGAGCAACACGUCAAAUAGUUUCACCACACUCUGCAGCCCUCCACCUCCUUCAAGUUUAACUCCGAUGGUCAGCAUGUUGGACACAGCUGCAGAACAACUCAUGGUUCACAGAGAUUUUCAGACAGCUUUUGACACCUGCGACAGAGCCCUUCAGAGUCUCUACAAUGUGGAGGAAGAGGACAACAGGUGUGCAGAGUUAAAGGCUGGAUUCUGCAUCUUGGGGAUUCAAGCACUGGCUGAGAUGAAUCACUGGCAUGAUGUCCUUUCUUGGGUCCUUCAGCAAUACGAGCACCAUGAGAAAAUACCAGCUAAAAUAAUGCAGAUGUGCAUACUUCUUUAUUCUAAGGUGGAAGAGCCAGCAGGGAUUCAGGAGGCAGCCAGAGUGUGGUUACAUUGCCUGUCCAACAGCAGAGUAGCAGGAUUUGGUACGGUCGCAGAGCUGUACCUGCUGCAUGUACUUUUACCUCUUGGACAAAUAGAGGAAGCACGAGAGAUGAUUGUUGGUGAAGUUGGAAGUUGUGCGUUUACUGAAGAACAGAGGCAGAUGGCGCUGGAUGUUGUUGAAGAGAAAGAGCAUUGCAGUCACGAGCCCCCUCUGAAUCCAACAAGCAACCAAAGCUCUGAGAUCCCUUCACCUUUAGCCUCACCUCAAGGUGCUGUAUUCCACAAACUGGAAGCCAUGCUCAGAUUUUUCUACAGAAAACUGGUGGUUACUGGCUCUGGAUCAUUCCUACUGCAUAAAGUCUGUCUCAUUGCUGUUCUUCUUUAUAUGCUGUUAAUUCGAAUAGAUCCAGCUCUUCCUUCUUCAUUCCUGUGGAUUUCCAAACUUCAUCAGCUGCUCAAACAGAUGUGGAGAGCCAUGUUUGCACCGUACUAUCAGGCUCUCAAUCACAACAAAGGACUGUAAAACAAACAAACAAACAAACAAACAAAAACGGAACAUCACAGCAUGUUCCAAUUUCUUGUGGUUUUCGUUUUUUUAAAUGUUUUAAUUCAUUCUUUGCUUUACAUUUUGUUAUUGCUUCAACGUAUCAAUGUGUAAUUCUAUUAGGUUCUCAGCAAAAUAAGUGCAGAUACAGUGCAUAUGAAAAUAUGUUUAAUCCUUUGGUUGCUUACAUAAAUUGACUCAUGGUCAAUAUAAUUUAACAAGAAUUUCCCAAAACCACUUUAAUGUCAAUGUUAAAACUUUUUUUUUUUUUUUUUUUUUUUUACAAAGUAAUGUCAAAUAAUUAAAACAUAUAAUCUAAAAUAAGUGACUGCAUAAAUAUUCACCCUGUGGAUGUCAGUUUUUAGUACAUGCACCUUUGACCACAAUCACAGCCAUUAAGACUGUGUGGAUGGGUCUCAGUCAGAAAGCUCAUCAUACCUUUGGUUAAAAUUGUAGAGAUUUCUUCAACAGUGGCUUCCUCUUUGCUAAUCUUCCAUAAAGCUUUAACUGGUGAAGAGCCAUAAUGAACACUUCCAUCUAAGCUGUUGAAGAUUCUGUCUCCUUCAGAUUAGUCACUGGUGUUUUUGUGGCCACCCCACUAGUCUCCUUCUGACACAAUCGUUCACUUUAUGAGGAUGGGAUGUUCAAGGCAGAUUUACAUGUCAUAUUCCUUGCAUUUCUUAAUGAUGGAUUUAACUGAACUCCAGGGAGUGUUUAGCAAAGUUUUUUUUUUAAUCCAUCCCUUGACUUGUACUUUUCAGGUUCUUUUUUUUUGCUACUUUGAGUGUUCUUAUGUCUUGCUGGAAUAAUUGUACCCAAAUUAACAGAUUUCUGGACCUUCCAGACACUGGUGUCUUUGUACUACAUUCACUUGAGGCACAUCUCCACGUCAAAAGUUGAGAGACAACGAGCACCGGCUAUCUGGUCCUCUCUUUAAUUAGGUCAUUCACAUUCAAGGAGGUGAAUAUUAAUAUAUUCACUUAUUUUACAGUACAUAGUUAGUUGACAUUAUAUAAAGAUUUUUGUACAUUUUUGUGGGGAAAAGAGGGGAAAACAUACAAGGGGGUGUAUAUUUUUUGUAUCCAUCGUGGAGACAGUGGAAACAUGACCCACAGAUAAAAUUAAGUGGUUUCAUCACCGUUUAAGUCCUUUAUCUUUGCAGUGUACAUGAGCAGAUUGUAUAUGUAUAUUGCUCAUAUUGAAGCAACACCUAAUGAAUAAAUAAACAACUUUGUUUCAGUGUGUC